CGUUCAAUCAACGUUCCUCUACGCGGGGGGGGGGGGGGGGUUCCUUCUUUUUUUUUCCCUUUCUCCCUCUUUCAAUCUCCUAAUCAAUGAUUCACGCAAGCCACAAUUCAAUGACCUGGUCCUCAAGCUCGAAUAUCCCUUGCGCAGCUUCCCAAUACCAUGGUUGAUGGUCCGCUGUCGUCACCCGAGCACCCACCCAUUGAGACCAAUUGCCGAUGGCCAAGGCGCGCCUUGUUGCACCGUCGCUCCUAUUGCUUGUCGGCGGCGGCGACAACGACGACGACAACAACUCAGAUAUGUUGGUUGGCACCCGUUCCAAUUAAAUGUGACCGCGGGUCAAGGCGCCGUCAACGGGAUGCGUACAACUCACGGCCCCUAACUAGCCUAAACGACUUAUCUUCUGAUCUCAACGGCGCGCCACGUAUACGGCCAGCCAUACAUCUUUUCCCACCCUAUGCUGAAUCCCCUCAAAUACUGCGGAAGCUACUAUUACUGUCCAAAGUCUACGGGUCUCUGCCGUCAUGCAUCCGAAGGACUUCGCGCGCUGCCUACACCGUCCAAGCGUCCAUACCAAGUGGGGUGGGUGGGCUCCCGUUCUCGAUCGAGGCUCUCCCUGGCUUCGACGGCGUCCGAGAGAUUGGCGGAGGGAGCUUUCUGCACCUAGCGGUUAGGCUGACCUGGGGCACCUUGCCUUUGGCUGCUUCUAUGUAUGCGGGAGCUGCCGAAGCUUCGACAAGUUGUGCUAGCCAGCGCAACAUCAAUCUCUAGACUACGUGUUGACUAUGACGAACCUCGGUGCAUACGCUGUGCUGCGCAAAACCUCGUCCGAUCCAGGGCUAAGUUCGAUUCAACAGGACAGCUUGGGCUGGGCCAUUGCAACGACACCGAGGCAAGGACCGAAGAUCUCGGUGGUGCUGAAGCAAAGUAUUUUACCCUCCUUCUCGCUGUCAACGCACAUGUGCGGUUAUUACAGUGCUUCCAAGUGUGCCGUGCCGGUGCAUUGACACUCG